AUGUUUUAUGAUUUAAAUAUUCCCUUUCCUACUCAACCUAAUCAAGUGGUCCAACGAAAUGAACUACGUAAAAGGAUUGAGAUACUGAUUAAACUUGGGUAUCAAGUUAUUGCGUUCAAUCACAUUACAAAUCCAAUAACAACAUUAGAUUAUGAGAUUUUUGAUCCUAAUCAAAAUUCAAGAAUCGAACAAUUAACUCGAAUCACUAUUAUUCUCGAAGAUUCAAAUCAAAACAUUGGUUUGUUAUUUCAAAACGCCUGUGGAACAUUUGAAGUAGAUAUUAUCUCUUUAGAAAUGGGAUCACGUUUGCCAUUUUAUAUCAAACAUAGUACUGUUGGAUUGGCAAUAGAGCGUGGUGUAUUUUUUGAAAUUUGUUAUGCACCGGCUAUUAGAGAUGCAUCAUCACGUAGACAAUUAAUAUCUAAUGCACAAAAUUUGGUUAGAGUAACGCGUGGUAAAAAUAUUAUAAUUACUAGUGAAGCUCAAAGAGCAAUGGAAUUACGUGCUACAAUUAUGGGUAUGAAUCAAGCUACGGCUAAAGAAUGCAUUUCAACAAAUUGUCGAUCCGUUGUGAUGCAUGCUGCAGCGGCUUCUUUUGAACCAAUUGCUUCAUUGAAACUAAAUGAUUUAUGGAAAAUAGGAAAAGAAAGUGAACUUCUAAACCAUACCGGAAUAAAUGAUAAAACUUUAGCCGAGUUUAUCAUCAAUCUACAUGAGCAAAAUCCAACAUUACCGGCAUUCAAAAAGGCUCUUGAAGAUGCUGAGGCUGCUUUCCCUGAGUCAUUUGUUGUUAACCUGGAUCGUUUGAUCCAAAAAAUGAAUCCGAAAUACAAGCAAAAAGAAAUUGUUAUUGAGAGCAUAGAAAUGAGUAAAGAUACGAGUAGAGAUAGGAGUAUAGACAUGAGUAGAGAAAUAAGGAGUAGGAGUAGAGAAAGAAGUAGAGAAAUAAGGAGUAGGAGUAGAAAUAGGAGUAGAGAAAGAAGGAUGAGAGACAGAAGUAGAGAAAUAAUGAAUUUUAGUAGAGAUAGGAGUAGAGAAAGAAGGAGUAGAGAGAGGAGUAGGAGUCGAGAUAGGAGUAGAGAAAUAAGGAGUAGGAGUAGAGGAAGAAGGAGUAGAGAAAUAAGAGACAGAAGUAGAGAAAUGAGAGACAGGAGCAGAGACAGAAGUAGAGAAAUAAGAGACAGGAGUAGAGAAAUAAGAGACAGGAGUAGAGAAAUAAGAGGCAGGAGUAGAGACAGGAGUAGAGAAAUAAGGAAUAGAGAAAGAAGGGGUAGAGACAAAAGUAGAGAUAGGAGCAGAGAUCGAUUUAGAGACCGUAACCGUAGCCGAGAUAGGGGUCGGAAAUCUGAAAGAGAACAACAUGACGAAAAGCCUAUAUUAUAUAAAAUAUACAACGGGCGCGUAACGAAUAUAAAAGAGUUUGGUGCCUUUGUAAGUCUAGAAGGCGUUAAAGGACGAGUGGAAGGUAUGGUGCACGUUAGUAUGUUGGUAACAGGGGGUAGAGUUUCGCAUCCUUCUGAAGUUGUGGCUCGAAAUUCCAAAGUCAAAGUCAAGGUUAUGUCCAUCGCAGCAUCUCGGAUUAGUUUGUCUAUGAAAGAUGUAGAUCAAAAAACCGGACAAGAUUUGUCUCCACAUUUACGUAUUAAAACCGAAGAGGAACUUGCAGCCGAUGCUCUUCGCAAUUCUGAGCGAUCGUUCUUCGGAAAAGUUCCAGUUAUAGAAGACAAUGAAGGACAAAACAAUCUUAAACGACUUUCUUCACCAGAACGCUGGGAGCUCAAACAAUUAAUAGCGUCGGGUGUAUUAAGCGCAUCCGAAUUACCUAAUUAUGAUGAGGAAAUUGGUACUACUGAAAAUAUGGAAACAGAAGAGGAAUUAGACAUUGAAAUUAGAGAAGAAGAGCCGAUGUUUUUAAGAGGGCAAAAAAAACAUACUAUGCAAUUGAGUCCAAUUAAAGUUGUUAAAGCACCAGAUGGAACUUUGAAUCGAGCUGCUCUUGCUGGUGCAUCGUUAGCGAAGGAACGUAGAGAAUUAAGAGCACAACAAACAAAUGCAGAAUUAGACUCAGUACCCAAAGACAUCAACAUUCCAUGGUUAGACCCUAUGCCUGAGCCAGGUGAACGUCAUUUUGCACAAGAUUUAAGGGGCAUUGCAGCAGGUCGAAAAGCUGGGGAAGUACCCGAAUGGAAAAGAGAAACUUUCAAUAAAACAACUAGCUUCGGAAGAGUCACUUCAUUAUCCAUUCAAGAGCAACGUAAAAAUCUACCUAUAUAUCAAAUGAGACCAAUGUUGAUUCAGGCGAUAACUGAAAAUCAACAAUUAAUCAUUGUUGGUGAUACGGGGUCAGGAAAAACUACACAAAUGACACAAUACCUUGUUGAGGAAGGCUUUGCAGAACGUGGAAAGAUUGGGUGCACCCAACCUCGUCGUGUGGCAGCAAUGUCGGUUGCGAAACGUGUAGCUGAAGAGGUUGGUUGUCGAUUGGGUGAAGAAGUUGGGUACACAAUUCGAUUCGAAGACUGCACUAGCCCUAGCACGAAAAUAAAAUACAUGACGGAUGGUAUGUUACUCAGAGAAUGUUUGUUAGAUCCCGACCUAAAACAAUAUUCGGUAAUUAUUUUGGAUGAAGCUCACGAGAGAACGAUACACACUGAUGUAUUAUUUGGGUUACUCAAAAAAACUCUCAAGAAUCGACAAGAACUUAAAGUAAUUGUUACCUCAGCCACCUUAAAUGCCGAAAAGUUUUCGGAAUACUUUUACAAUUGCCCAAUUUUUAGUAUUCCUGGACGUAAAUUUCCGGUUGAGGUUCUUUAUACCAAAGAACCCGAAAGCGAUUAUUUAGACGCGGCUCUUAUUACUGUCAUGCAAAUUCAUCUUUCUGAACCUCCAGGUGAUAUCCUCCUUUUCUUAACUGGUCAAGAAGAAAUUGAUACUGCAUGUGAGAUUUUAUAUGAACGUAUGAAAGCACUUGGUCCCCAGGUUCCUGAUUUGGUCAUUUUACCAGUCUACUCGGCUUUACCUAGCGAAAUGCAAUCAAGAAUAUUUGAACCGGCACCCCCAGGCAGUCGUAAAGUUGUUAUUGCGACCAAUAUCGCUGAAACGUCAAUUACUAUAGAUGGAAUUUAUUAUGUUGUAGACCCAGGUUUUGUAAAACAAAAUGCAUAUGAUCCGAAAGUAGGAAUGGAUUCAUUAAUUGUUACACCUAUUUCACAGGCACAAGCACGACAGCGCUCUGGUCGUGCCGGUCGUACAGGACCUGGAAAAUGUUAUCGCCUUUAUACGGAAGCAGCAUAUCGUAAUGAAAUGCUUCCAAAUCCUGUUCCCGAAAUUCAGCGUACUAAUCUUGCAAAUGCCGUGUUGACACUCAAAGCUAUGGGUAUCGAUGAUCUUCUACAUUUCGAUUUUAUGGACCCUCCACCUGUUCAAACACUUAUCACAGCUUUGGAACAGCUUUAUGCUCUCUCCGCUUUAGAUGAUGAAGGUCUUUUGACUAGAUUAGGUCGUAAAAUGGCCGAAUUUCCUUUGGAACCACCACUUUCAAAAAUGUUAAUUCUAUCAGUUGAUCUUAGGUGCUCUGAGGAAAUUCUGACGAUAGUGGCAAUGUUAUCUGUUCAAAAUGUCUUUUACAGACCAAAAGAAAAACAAGCUAUCGCUGAUCAAAAGAAAGCAAAAUUUCAUCAACCAGAGGGAGAUCACCUAACUCUCUUAACCGUUCAUAAUGCUUGGAAAGCCAGCAAAUUUUCAAAUGCUUGGUGUUUUGAAAAUUUCAUCCAAGGUCGAAGCAUGAAAAGAUGUCAAGAUAUUCGCAAACAACUUUUAGGUAUUAUGGAUCGAUAUAAGCAAGAUAUUAUUUCUUGUGGAAAAAAUUAUAACAAUGUACGUAGAGCGAUUUGUGGUGGAUUUUUCCGUCAUGCAGCGAAAAAAGAUCCACAAGAAGGUUAUAAAACGUUGGUCGAAGGUACACCUGUCUAUAUUCAUCCCUCAAGUGCAUUAUUUAAUAAAGGACCUGAAUGGGUGAUAUAUCAUGAACUUGUAUUGACAACUAAGGAGUAUAUGAGGGAGGUUACAGCCAUUGAACCAAAAUGGCUUACUGAAGCAGCUCCAACCUUCUUCAAGGUUGCUGAUGCGAAUACAAUUAGUAAACGAAAACGUGGAGAAAAGAUUCAACCACUGUACAAUAAAUACGAAAAACCAAACGAGUGGAGAUUAAGUCGCGUCAAAAGACAUCAAAAAGUGUCUCAGACUUUUGAAAAAGGGAAGGAAAAAGAAAGAAAAAAAAUACACGUUCUGAAUUUGGAUCCACAUAAGAAGGAUGGAUUGACAUGGGGUGUCAAAAUGAGUGUAACAAUUAAAAGUCAACUAGAAUAUACCACAACUAAAUAG